CAGCCCGUCGGAGCCCUGCUGCUGGAGCGGUGCAGAGUCAUCCGGGAAGAGCCCGGCGCCUUCUCCAUCAGCUUCAUCGAGGACCCUGAGAGGAAGUACCACUUUGAGUGCAGCAGCGAGGAGCAGUGUCAGGAGUGGAUGGAGGCUCUGCGUCGGGCCAGCUACGAGUUCAUGCGGCGAAGCCUCGUCUUCUACAGGAACGAAAUCCGGAAGGUGACAGGCAAGGACCCCCUGGAGCAGUUCGGCAUAUCCGAGGAGGCCAGGUUCCAGCUGAGUGGCUUGCAGGCAUGAGCGCAGGGCAUGGCGGUCGGCGUGCAGCUGGACAGGACUGGCCCUGCCCGGCCGUGAGUCGCUUGGCCAUGCCUGGAUUUUGUUUGGUUUUUGGUUUUUGGAUCAGGGUCUCACUGUGUUGCCCAGGCUAGAGUGCAGUGGUGCCACAGCUCACUGUGACCUUGACCUUCUGGACUCACGUGAUCCCCCUGCCUCAGCUUCCCAAGUCGCUGGGGUCACAGGCAUGAGCCGUCACACCCACCCGAAAUCACACCUGGAUUUCGGUGGGAGGUUUUUGGUUUGGAGACAUCCAAAGCCUGAAGCCAGCUGGGUGUGGGCAGGGGCUGCAUUUUGUGAAACUACCCAGCAAGCUGCCCUCUCCGGGGCCCCAGGACCCACCUGACUGGCCUGGCACCUGGUGCCAAGUGCUGCUGCAGGAUACACGCCCUCCCACGGGUGCCCCGCCUGCGUUGUGUGCAUCCGGGGCCUGGCGAGCCCCUGGGCUGGUGGCGUGGCGCCCUGCCCCUGCUGAUGAAUGUACAGAGCCAGACAAAGCUGUGAAUGGCGUGGGGGCCGAGCCCCCACCAGCUGUGAAUCCUCCUGCAGACAGGAAGGCCCUGGUUGUGCGCCUGGGGAAGUGGUUGCCCUGGGGUCAGGGUGCUUGUCGUGUUCAAAUAAAGGUACCUCUUUUCCACACUG